AUUUACUAGCCUUCAUCUCAACCACAACAGUCCCGCCUGGCCUCCACCGGGGAUAAGGCACAGCGGAACCUCCGCCGGAGACCAGGCCGACCUACCUAAAGCGAUCACUACAUGGGAGGAGUCGGACGCCGGCCGUCCCACCACCCAGCCUGGAGCCCAUUGAUUGGUCGCACUCCCUACUGGUUCACGCCUCAGAGACUCGGCGCGCUUACCGCUGGCACCGCAGUGGCGCCCGAGCGCGCCGCCUCUCGAUUGGCUGCUAGCGCUCUCGGCUUGUCUCGCGCUCUCUCGCUGGGCCAAUGGAGUUACUCGUAGUCGAGAGGCCGGCAUCACUGGAGUGGUGGCGCAGCUGUUUCCUCCGGAUAUCCAUCAAAUAUCCUGGAGCAAAGCAUUCUAAGUUGCUGCUCAGAACGUAAAGAUGCAAACCCCAAAUCAGUGGUUUAUUCAUUCUUCAUGUAAGAGCAAUGCGCUAAAGGAGAGAAGUAAGCUGUGGUGAUCAGUGACUUUGGUGAAGGCUAAGAAGGUUCAAACAAAUUUGCAAAUGAUAUACAACUUCUAAGCAUUCCAUAUUGGAAGAAGAGCUUUCUACACGUGAAAAAAAUGCCCUUGUUUAGCAAAUCACACAAAAAUCCAGCAGAAAUUGUGAAAAUCCUGAAAGACAAUUUGGCCAUUUUGGAAAAGCAAGACAAAAAGACAGACAAGGCUUCAGAAGAAGUGUCGAAAUCACUGCAAGCAAUGAAAGAAAUUCUGUGUGGUACAAAUGAAAAAGAACCCCCAACAGAAGCAGUGGCUCAGCUAGCACAAGAACUCUACAAUAGUGGCCUGCUGGUGACACUGAUAGCUGACUUGCAGCUGAUAGACUUUGAGGGAAAAAAAGAUGUGACCCAGAUAUUUAACAACAUCCUGAGAAGACAGAUAGGCACUCGGAGUCCUACUGUGGAGUAUAUUAGUGCUCAUCCUCAUAUCCUGUUUAUGCUCCUCAAAGGAUAUGAAGCCCCACAGAUUGCCUUACGUUGUGGGAUUAUGCUGAGAGAAUGUAUUCGACAUGAACCGCUUGCCAAAAUCAUCCUCUUUUCUAAUCAAUUCAGAGAUUUCUUUAAGUAUGUGGAGUUGUCAACAUUUGAUAUUGCUUCAGAUGCCUUUGCUACUUUUAAGAUUUUUGAAGACUAUGAGAAAUUGCUUCAGUCUGAGAAUUAUGUUACUAAGAGACAGUCUUUAAAGCUGCUAGGGGAGCUGAUCCUGGACCGUCACAACUUUGCCAUCAUGACAAAGUACAUCAGCAAGCCGGAGAACCUGAAACUCAUGAUGAACCUCCUUCGGGAUAAAAGUCCCAACAUCCAGUUUGAAGCCUUUCAUGUUUUUAAGGUGUUUGUGGCCAGUCCUCACAAAACACAGCCUAUUGUGGAGAUUCUGUUAAAGAAUCAGCCCAAACUCAUUGAGUUUCUGAGCAGCUUUCAAAAAGAAAGGGCGGAUGAUGAGCAGUUCGCUGACGAGAAGAACUACUUGAUUAAACAGAUUCGAGACUUGAAGAAAACGGCGCCUUGAAGAGCUCCCUAGCCCCUGUCACAGUCAUUCGUCUCAUUUGUCCAGUUUGUACAAUGUGAUAUGUCAGAAAGCCAUCAUUCUUGGGAAGACUUUGGAGGUGCCUAUUUUUUUCUGUUGUAAUUGUUCUGCGUAGAUGGAAUAUAAACAUUUGAAUGGAAAAAAAUUAACCUAGAAUAAUAUAUUCAUUUUAAUCAA